AGAGAGCGAUGCUGAUAGAGCGCGAGCACGCACCCCCAGGCAAGAGAAGCUGGAGGAGUUGUGGCAACAGCGGACAGCAGCAUCCUUCAAAGCUGUGGUCAUAUUAAUCGCAUGGAUGGGAGUGGACCGAAAAGGGGAGAAUCGCGUCUAGCUGCGUCUACCUUUUUUUACAUGUUUAAUCUUUGAUGUUGUUUGAAAGUAGACUACUGGCACAAGUUUUACUUUUUUUCUUCAAUAGACUAGGCAAGAGAGUGUUUGUGGCAGGAAGCGGUAUUUCCUAUUUGCAUCCAAAUGUCAACGGAUGUACUUGCCGGCUCUACAUUUUUGCAGAGAUACAGCAUGUAUUUCCAAGCUCCACUACAUUAAGUGACUUAGACUAAUACAAUUUGUUAUAUGGAAUGAUUCCUAUUGCACUUGAGUAUUUGGAAAGCAGUGAAACUAGAGUUAUGUGCUAAAGAAGUUGGAACAUCUGUAACUACACGUGCAUUGGAACAAUAAAGGACGACAGUGGGCGAGACCCCAAUCUUUAAAUCUCUCUCCAGCAAUUAUAUCGCCUGGUCGGCUAUUCCAGCUAAACAACUGUUUACCAUGUCUGGGAAUGCAUCCUCCACUUCUGCCCGGGAGAAACCGCAAGAGGAGCCGACCGUGACCCCAAGCCUGAAGCCUGCGGGUCCCAAAGCAAGCCAGAGCCGAUUCCAGGUGGAUGUUGUCGCGGAGGCGGCGGCCGCAUCGGCUGCGGAAAAGAGCAAAAGACAUUCUACUGAAAAGCCCCCCGCUUUAAGUAAGGGAACUGACCGGCCGGCGAGCGAGGAGUCGAAAGGUAGAUUUAGGGUGGUAAACUUUGUGGAUCCCAGCGGGGUAGAGAUCCCACCAGAUGCAGAUGGAGUCCAAAGUGGGGACACAAUUAAGAGCGAGGGCAGCUUACAUUCCUCCACCGGUGGAACGCACCACUAUUAUUACGACACCCACACUAACACCUAUUACCUGAGGACUUUCGGCCACAACACAAUCGAUGCGGUCCCGAACAUCGAUUUCUACCGGCAAACCGUGGCGCCACUUGGAGAAAAGUUGAUUCGACCCACUCUCUCGGAGCUACACGAUGAGCUCGAUAAGGAACCCUUCGACGAGGGCUUCGCUAACGGGGAGGAGCUAACCCCCGCGGACGAGGCCGCCGUGACGGAGCCGGCGGAGCAGAAAGGCACGGUGAAGUUCGGCUGGAUCAAAGGCGUCUUGGUACGCUGCAUGUUGAACAUUUGGGGUGUCAUGCUCUUUAUCCGUAUGACCUGGAUUGUGGGCCACGCAGGCAUUGCUCUCUCGUGCGUGAUUAUCCUUAUGGCGAUGGUCGUUACCACCAUCACUGGACUCUCAACCUCAGCAAUAGCGACCAAUGGAUUCGUGAGAGGGGGUGGGGCGUAUUAUUUAAUAUCUCGGAGUCUGGGCCCAGAGUUUGGCGGGUCCAUUGGUCUCAUCUUCGCCUUCGCCAACGCUGUGGCCGUCUCCAUGUACGUGGUGGGCUUCGCUGAAACCGUGGUGGAGCUCCUCAGUACUAUAGACGCCCACAUGACGGACGAGCUCAAUGACAUCAGGAUAGUGGGGACCCUCACCGUCAUCCUGCUUCUGGGCAUCUCUGUCGCCGGGAUGGAGUGGGAAGCUAAGGCCCAGAUCUUCCUGCUAUUCAUCCUAAUAUGCGCCAUCUUCAACUUCUUCAUUGGAACCUUCAUCCCCAGGGAAUCCAAACAGCCAUUGGGCUUCUUUAGCUACAAAGCGGACAUUUUGAUGGAGAACAUGGUUCCGGACUUCCGUGGGGAGACCUUCUUCUCUGUGUUCGCCAUCUUCUUCCCAGCAGCCACUGGCAUUCUGGCUGGAGCCAACAUCUCAGGAGACCUCACGGACCCACAGUCAGCCAUUCCAAAGGGAACUCUUUUAGCCAUCGUCAUAACUGGAAUCGUUUACCUGGGAGUUGCAGUUAGUGCAGGAGGCUGCAUUUUGCGGGAUGCCUCGGGCAACAGCAACGACACCAUCACCGGCCAAUCAAUGAACUGCACAGACGCAGCCUGUAAACUAGGCUAUGACUUCUCCGCGUGCAAGGCCGCCAUGAACUGCAAGUUUGGGCUCCACAACGACAUGCAGAUCAUGAGCGAGGUGUCUGGGUUUGGGCCCCUCAUCUCAGCGGGAGUCUUCUCUGCAACGCUGUCCUCUGCCCUGGCCUCGCUGGUCAGUGCCCCCAAAGUCUUUCAGGCUCUGUGCAAAGACAACAUCUACCCCGGCCUGGGCGUGUUUGCCAAGGGCUACGGGAAGAACAACGAGCCCCUGCGUGGCUAUGUCCUCACCUUCUUCAUUGGGCUGGCCUUCAUUCUUAUCGCGGAGUUGAACGUCAUCGCUCCCAUCAUCUCCAACUUUUUCCUGGCAUCUUACGCGUUGAUCAAUUUCUCGGUGUUCCACGCCUCUCUGGCCAAUUCUCCAGGGUGGCGUCCCAGCUUCAAGUACUACAACAUGUGGGUGUCCCUGGCGGGGGCAGUGCUCUGCUGUGGGGUCAUGUUCGUCAUCAACUGGUGGGCGGCCCUCCUGACCAAUGUCAUUGUCAUGGCGCUCUACAUUUAUGUCAGCUACAAGAAGCCAGAUGUGAACUGGGGCUCGUCCAUGCAAGCUCUCACAUACCAUCAGGCCCUGUCUCACUGUCUGCAGCUGACGAGCGUGGAGGACCACAUCAAGAACUUCAGACCCCAGUGCCUGGUGAUGAUUGGCUACCCAAAUUCUCGCCCCGCCUUGCUGAACCUGGUGCAUGCCUUCACAAAGAACAUGGGCCUGCUGAUCUGCGGGCACGUUCGUAUGUUUACCCGUAGGCCGAGCUUCAAAGACCUAACGAACGACCAGGUGCGCUACCAGCGCUGGCUGCUGAAGAACAGGACCAAGGCCUUUUAUACACCUGUGUUUGCCGAGGACCUUCGGCAGGGCACCCAGUACCUGCUACAGGCUUCAGGUAUAGGUCGUUUGAGGCCCAACACGCUGGUGAUGGGGUUCAAAAACAACUGGAGGGAUGGAGAGAUGAAAGAUGUUGAGACCUACAUCAACAUGAUCCAUGAUGCAUUCGACUUCCAGUACGGUGCAGUUAUGCUCAGGUUGAAAGAGGGACUUGACAUUUCACACAUUCAAGGUCAAGAUGAAUUCCUGUCCACCCAGGAGAAGGCCCCGGGGGGUAAGGAUAUCGUGGUGUCCUUCGACCUGAGCAAAGACUCCGACGGUGACUCGUCCAAAACCUCCUCCAGAAUCUCCACGGCCCAAAGCAGCCCCAUCAUUCAGAAAGACUCAGAUAACAUCCCUGACGCCAGGACGCCCACUCAGCCACUGCUGGCAAAAGAGAAGAAGAGCCCUCCCGCGGCCUUAAGCGCGGCCGAUCAGAGGCUGCUGGAGGCCAGCCAGAGCUUCCAGAAGAAGCAGGGCAAGGGCACCGUGGACGUCUGGUGGCUCUUCGACGACGGCGGCUUGACAUUACUCAUUCCAUAUCUGCUGACGAACAAGAAGAAAUGGAAGGACUGCAAGAUCCGGGUGUUUAUUGGUGGGAAGAUCAACAGAAUCGACCAUGACCGCAGAGCAAUGGCAGCUCUGCUAAGCAAGUUCAGGAUAAGCUUUUCCGACAUCACCGUCCUCGGGGACAUCAACACCAAGCCGAAGAAAGAAAACGUCGCAGCCUUCGAGGAGAUGAUCGAGCCGUACAAGCUGAAGGAGGACGACAUGGAGCAGGAGGCGGCCGAGAGGCUGAAGGCCGAGGAGCCGUGGAGGAUCACUGACAACGAGCUGGAGCUGUACAGAGCCAAGACCAACCGGCAGAUCAGACUGAACGAGCUGCUGCAGGAGCACUCCAGCACGGCAAACCUCAUCGUCAUGAGCAUGCCCCUGGCCAGGAAGGGCGCGGUGUCCAGCGCCCUCUACAUGUCCUGGCUGGAAACCCUGUCCAAGGACCUGCCCCCCAUCCUGCUGGUGCGGGGGAACCACCAGAGUGUCCUCACCUUCUACUCUUAAAACAUCUGCCCCCCACCCCCACCACCCUGGGUAGUCACCCCUCUGGGACCGCUACAGUACUCAUUACCAGGUUUCAUGAGACAAAGGAGGUGGAAAUUAGAAAAGCAUUAAGAUAAUGAUAGUCAUAGUAGAGAUAACAAAGAUGAAUCUAAUUAAUACUCUGUGCUGGCAAGACAAACUUCCCGUCUCUCCUCUAUGAGCAAAGGUCCCCUUUAUUGUAGAUGCUGAGGUGCUAUAAACAUAUCUCAGUGUGUCAACAUCAACCAACGGCAGACUUGUGUCACGUUCGUACGACUGAAUCUUUCGACAGUCCUUUUCUGGCUUAAAUAGUGCCUGUGUGCUCACGACUAAUGUGAUUGUUGUUAUUACUGUUGAGUUAUUAAUAGUUUUGAAUAAUCACCAGCCUAUCUUUAUAAAGGAUAAAGAAAAAAUCUUUUUUUCCAAUUUAUUAUAUUUGAGUAAAAUGGGGAAAAGAAUAAAUUAAACGUGUUUAGCUGUACAAGUAUGUAAAACCUCUUAAGAAGAACCAUUAUGUAUAUUCUUCCUGUACACUCUUAAAAUAAUCUUAUAUUGAUAAAAUUUUAUGAGGAAUUUCACUAUUAUUUUAGUGCACGGAAACCUUUGGGUUCUGUUCAUCACCUGAGAUAGAGCAGUUUGGGGUUUCCUUUAUAUGCACUUCCCAUUUUAAAUCUUUUUUCCUGUAUGGUUUUCCUGUUCAUAGCCAAUAUAUCCUUUCCUACUCUAUGAGUAGUUAAUCUUGAAAAUUAAAAAAGUAAACCAACAAAUUAAAAAUAAAAUAGUUUGCACUGUGACUGCUUGAUAACCUGUAAAUACUUAGAAUGUGCUGGUAUAUUAAGCAAAUGGUAAUUAAUGACAAAUUAAUACAUUUGAGGACCACUGUUUUGAGCGAUAUUAUUAUUUUGAACUUCAGGUGUCCCCUGCCAUUUGUUUUUUUAUUUAUUUAUUUAUUUUUACUUAAAAAUAAAAUAUAUUUUUUAACUUGCAUGUUCAUUUAACACUGAAAAGAUCUAUCUAUAUAUAUAUAUGUUGUGUGUGUGAGCGUGUGCGCGUGCAUGUGUGCGUGUGUUACACUAUUAACUGGAUGUUUUUCUCUUUUUGGAACAAUUUAACAUUGAUUUCCAGUACUUUGUAUAUCCUUAUUAUAAUAAAUAAAAAAAGAAUUGAGUUAAACAUUA